GUUCGACUGAGAACUUCCUGCAAAGUUGCAGAGGGGAGGAAAAAAAACGGACUUAUUUACUUCAUUUAUAGUUGCGUUAAAUCUGAAGUGCGGGGAAAGUGCACCACUUUGAGUCCUAUAAUAAAGCGAUUGAAAUUGUAGGCCUAAAAUAUCGAGACCAAGUUGAAAAAGUCAUUGUUUUCCCACAUCGAUAUGAAGUCCUCUGGAAGAUGGCCUCGAGGAAGAAGAGGAGGAGUGCGUCUCGGAGGAGAACGAGCUCCUGGCCAAAGACGAGUUCUCGGUGGAGGAGAACUUCACGGCCGAGUUUGAGAGCGAGAACAUGAGCUGCGAAGACAUGGAGUACUUCUGCAACAAAGGAGAAGAGGACGGCAACCGAGAAGCAGGAGAUGUGGAGAUGGAGGGCCAAGGCGAGAAGAGCAGGAACGCUGCUGCAGGGCCUGAAGAAUGGGAUGGUCCAAGAGAGCUGGACGCGUUUCUCAAAGAUGGCGAGCGUCGGAUCCACAGCCGGCAGCAGCUUCCUGUGGGGACAACAUGGGGCCCGUUUGAAGGAAAGAUUGAGAUGAGCACUGACACCACUGCACUGAAGACGAAGAGCACGGUCCCGGUGGUGCUGAGCGCCGGCCCCAGGUGGCUUCUGGAUGUGACUUGGCAGGGAGCAGAAGACAACAAAAACAACUGUGUGGUGUACAGCAAAGGCGGUCAGCUGUGGUGCACCACCACCAAGAACAUGAUGGAGGGCGAGGAGCUGGUGGCGUUCGCCGUGGACUUCGACUCGCGCCUGCAGGCCGUCAACCACAUGUCUCUGAGCGAGGGCAUGUACCCGGCCCGGCUGCUGGACAGCAUCCAGCUCCUGCCGCAGCAGGCCGCCAUGGCCUCCAUCCUGCCCACCGCCAUUGUCAACAAAGACAUUUUCCCCUGCAAGGCGUGUGGAAUCUGGUUCCGGAGCGAGAGGAACCUACAGGCUCAUCUGAUGUACUACUGCAGCGGGCGACAGCGGGAGACGGAGACGGUGGUGGAGGACGGUGAUGGCGGACCCCACCAGACCCCCAGCGUCUGCCCCUUCCCUCAGUGCAACAAGAGCUUCUCUGGAGCCAGGGCCCUGGAGAUCCAUCUCAGCACCUCGCACAGCGGUGUCAAAAUGGAAGAGAGCCUCCCUCCUGGCACCAGCUUGAAAUGCACAAUCUGUAACUACACGGCAGAUUCUCUUAUUACAUUCCAGCAUCACAUCAUGUCUCACCUGUCACAGGCGGCCUUCAGAUGCAAUCACUGCCAUAUCAGCUUCCAGAGCCACAGGGAACUCUUACAGCAUCAGGACUUACACGGGCACGGCGGCAAACUUCACAGGGAAGGCGACGGCACCGAGCAUUCCCCCAGGGGUCCGGAGGACAGCCUACAGCAGCAGCAGCAGCAGCAGCAGGGCCGUGCAGAGCUGGCCAACAAGAAGGACGCUCUGAUGGGAAGUCCCAAAGGGGCCCUCAGCAAGGAGACGGCCACAGACGGAGAGGCUGACAAGGCUGAGAAGAAGCCCAUGCUGUCUGCUCAGAAGGGAGAGGCCCACCCGGGCAGCAAAGCCAGUUUUUCUUACACCAGGAUCAAGUCAGAGCCCUCCAGCCCCCGACUGGCCUCCUCCCCCGUGCAACAUAACAUGCCUACGUUUCCCAUGGGCCCCUUCUUGUCUCAGUUUGCCUUCUCCCAAGACAUUUCCGUCGUCCCGCAGGCUUCGGAGAUUCUGGCGAAGAUGUCAGAGCUGGUCCAUCGGAGACUGCGCCACGGCGGGAACAGCUACCCGCCUGUCAUCUACAGUCCCCUGAUGCCCAAGGGGGCCACCUGCUUCGAAUGCAACAUCACCUUCAGCAACCUGGACAACUACCUUGUCCACAAAAAGCACUACUGCAACAGCCGCUGGCAGCACAUGACCAAGUCGCCGGACUUCUCGGCGCUCUCCGAGAAGGUUCCAGAAGCGGUGAGCCCCAACAGCGGUCACAGUUCUGUGAGCCUGCUGGCCGGCUGCCACCCGACGGAGGCAGACAGCAACCUCAUGCAGUCCGCGUGUAUGAACUCCAACGUGUUGGACAUGAUCAACGCCGGGGGCAAAGCCCCCGACAAGGAUCUAGCGGGGCAGGUGAAAAAGGUGUCGACUCCGACUGGGGCAGAGGAGCGGCUCAACGGGAAGCAACUGGAAGGGAAGAGCCUGAGCACGGGGUUGGUGGAAAGUGACAAUGACCCCAACAAGACCACCUGUGAAGCCUGCAACAUCACCUUCAGCCGUCACGAGACGUACAUGGUCCACAAGCAGUACUACUGUGCCACCCGCCACGACCCCCCCAUGAAACGGAUGUCCGCUAACAAGGUGCCCUCCAUGCAGAGGACCAUGAGAACCCGCAAGCGCAGGAAGAUGUACGAGAUGUGUCUCCCGGAUCAGGACCCCCAGAGGAUCUCUUUGGGGCAGCCGGGUUUCCUCGGCGUUCCUCCGAUGAACCCUUGCACGUCUCAGGAGGCAGUGGAGAGUCUGGCCGACCGCUUUCACCCGCGCUGCGACAUCUUCCCCAGCAUGGUACCCAAACACCUGGAGGCCUCUCUGACUGUCACUAAGCCCAUUCUGCCUCCCAAAUGCAACGCUGCGGAGCAGCAGGAGCUGGACGCACCCAUUGAUCUCAGCAAAAAGUGUUCACCGGUCCCCGACAAGACAUGUAGCUCUCCCAAAAGACUCUUGGACUAUCACGAAUGUGCAGUGUGCAAGAUAAGUUUCAACAAAGUGGAGAACUACCUGGCACACAAACAGAACUUUUGCCCUGCGACAGCUGCUGCCACGGCUGCUGCUGCUGCCGUGGCUCAACAGCAGCAGCAGCAGCAGCACAAUGAGAGCAGCGCCUUGGAGUCUGCUCUGUUCCCAGAUGUGAAGAGCGAAGGGAAUAACAGCCCAGAUGACGGGUACGAUAAGAGCCCUGGCAAAUGCGAGAAGAACGGGAAUGGGAAGGUGGUGGUGCAGAAUGGAGGCAUGUUCCCCCCUCACCUGGCGCCUGUGCCGGGACUUAAGCCUUUCACUGAGCCUCAGCUCAUCCCAUCAAAAGACGAGAACAAGAAUAUGUUUCUGCCCCACUGCCUUUAUCCAGGAGCAAUAAAGAAGGUGAAAGGUCCCGAGCAAAUAUCGCCGUAUUUUGGGAUAAAGCCGACAGAUUACGUGGCAGGGGGGCCGGUGAUGCAGGGAGAGGCGACCGAACAGGAACAGAGCGUCAACGGAGGAGGAGAGACGGUCACAACCAGAGAGCAGGCUCCACAACCUACAGCAAACGGCUGCCCCCACCCCGGCAAGGAACCCCUUCCUCUCCUGCCCAAAAACCGGGGUAUGGUCAUCGUCAACGGGGGGCACAAGCCGGAGGAGCGGUCCGGCACGGCGCCACAGCAGCAGCAGGAGAACCAGCCGCAGUCAGACAGCCAGCCUUCCAAUCCCUCGCCCACGUGGGGCGUGGAAAACCAGGCCGACUCCAACGAGAACAUGUCCCCGUCCUCCAAGUCCCCCGGCGAGGAGGCGGCGGCGCCGGUGGCCAACAAAGGCGUGAACGGCUCCGGGAGCGGCAAAUACUGCCGCCUGUGUGACAUCCAGUUCAACAACCUAUCAAACUUUAUUACCCAUAAGAAGUUUUACUGUUCAUCACAUGCUGCAGAGCAUGUAAAAUAAGUUGGAAAGAGACCCAAGACUUGUUCUUCCGUCCCCCUCCGCUCCCCAACCUCCCUACCUUUAAACCAGACUUUUCCUCCUUUGUUUUUGGUACACUGUUGUGUCUGGAAUAGUGCAUCACGCAGUGCUAAAACGCUGCUUGUGGACAAUCAAGAGAAGCUUCUUCUUUCAUUGUUUCAAGACUUAAAAAUGCAAAACCCAUUGGUUUAAAAAAAAGAAAAAAAGAAAACGAGAAUCGAGAAUAAUAUUGGUGCCACGUUCACAUUAAUUUAUUUUACAAUCAGUAUUAUUAGGAGUAGUGAUCUUAAUUUAAAUUCAAAAUGAAAUUUAUAUCAGAGUUGUUUGUAAUGUUAUUGUAUAGUCAUUCUUGUGUAGCACACAUAUUGUUUACACUGUAAUGUAGGCUCAAAACGAAACAAUAAACAAAAACGAGAUGCAUUUUAGACUCAAAAAUAGCUACUGAGGCACUUGUGUAUUCUUAUUUGCUGUACCAGUUUCCGUAUGCUCAAAAUGUCUCCUGCAGAUUACUGCUAGUGACUUACAAACCCACCGUUUGGAGGCAAGUGCCAGGCUCAACGCUGCAUCUCACAUUUUGGCAUACAUACAUGGCUUUGCAUACAUAUGUGGCUGUUUGUCCUUGUCUCUUUCGUUCAACUCGGAUGUGGAUGUUUUCAUGAGGAUGACGACAUUCUUGUAUAGUACUCGUAUUUCUGUUCGAUGAUACACUUUGGUCUCCCUUUUUGAAAUUUUGCUCUCAAUGCAAUACUUUGUAAAUGAGGGAAUGUUACUGAAAGCAGUAUUAUGACAUGGGGACUGUGCAUAUAAUUAUUUGUUACCCCAUUUAAAAAAAAAAAAAAACAAGACAAAAAAA